UCUUAAACCCCUCUCUCUCUCUCUAUAUAUAUAUAUCCCCUGCACGAGUUAAUGCGCCUUUUUCACUCAGUGAGCCAACUCAAAGCAAGGGUUUAACUCACUCACUCAUUUCCGUGUGGGGAUGAAUCUCCUCUCUCUAACCUCAACUUCUCUCUCCUUCCUUCCCGCUUAUUCUUCAUCUUCUUCUUUUUCAUCAUACAAGUUCACAUCCAGCGCAGUUUUAAGAUGUGUCAAUAAGGAAAAGGAAGAAGAGGUUCUUCUAGAAGGAAUGCCUUCUCAUUAUUAUGAUGAUGAAUGGCAAGCCCGACAACGUGAAAAGACCAAGGAGUUGCAUCAAAGACGCAGAGAGGAAGAGGAGGAAGAAGAGAGAAAGAUUGAAGAGUAUCGUGAAGUUGGAAUGCGAUUGAAAGGAUACCCUGAAGAAGAUGUUAGAAAAGCACGGAAAUUGGUAUCAAGCUUCAUAAGAGCCGCCGAAGAAGUAGAAGAGAAAAUUGAGGAAGCUGCUGAAAGAGGAGAACUUACUGAACUUGUUUUGAUGGUCAUAUGGAAUCGCCUUGAUCUUGCCCGGCGUGAUGAUGAAAAGGAUGCUAUAAGAAGUCUGGAUCUUCUAUAUAGAAGAGUUGAGACCGAGAUCUUGAAACAAGAAGCUACCCCUGCAAUGAGAUUGCUCAAUGAUCUUUUGAUUAUGUAUGAUGGCUUUGAUUUUGACGAGUGGCUAAGGAAAUGCAAAAAGAUCAUGACCGAUACAUUUCCACGGGAGGAUCCAUAUUCCAUUCUUCUUCCACCUGGAUUUGAGUCAUUUGACAUAGAUAAGCAUCAUGGGCCGUGGCGACCGCCACUUGAAGUUGAUGAUAAUACUCUUUUGAGGGUGGACUUUGUAAGGGAGGUGGAUGAAUUGCUGCAAGAGGUUCGUUUGGAACAGAAUGAAGUAGAGAACGAAGAAGGAUUUGAUCCUGAAUCUGUUGCAAAUAGAUUAAAACAACAGGAGAAGCAGCAAACAAUACGCCAAGUAGAAUCUCUGCUAGAUUUAGCCAUUAGUUUGAAAUGGUAGUAGCUAUUUGAUCAAAACAAUAAUUUUGAUUAGAAAUUAGUAUGCAGUGUAUUUGCAGUCCAAGUAGCUCCAUGGUGUUGUAUUUUUCCCCCUUAUACAAGGAUGUAAAAAAUUAGUACCAACAUAAAAGGAGUCGACCUCUUCUCCAUUUCUAACACAAAUGUAGGUAUGUCAAUUUUGGGCGAUCGUGUGUAUUUCAAUUUAGAGGAAUGUUUGAAUUGUGUUUUUGAAUUUUUA